GUCCGAGACAUACUUCGGAAGAUUCGUUCCGUUUCUCUCUCUCUAUCUGUCUCUCUCAGACGCUCCUCUCUCUCGUCUGAAGAAGAUUGACCCCAUCAGGGCUGCGAAUCUUGACUCUUACUGGGGGUCGCCGUCGAUCCUUCCUCCUCCUCAGCUGGGGCCUUCUGCGGGAGUCGGAGGCCUACCCGGCUCCCGUUUCUCGUAUGAGGGCGGCUUCCUUGUCUGGUUUUCUUGGACAUUUCGUGUUCCGCGGGGAAUUCUCGUUGACCCAGGAUUGUGUGGCUAAUCAGGGUUGACAUCAAUCGGGGCUGAUGUCGAACAGCCCCUGGUGAAUUUUCAGUAUUUGCUGAUGCCUGAUUUGCUGAAGGCAUGAGUGAGGGGACGAGAAUUACUGUGAAGUUGAACUGCUAAAGAAGAUGAGGUCGGUGAAAGGUGAAGCCAGAAAGGAGAUUGAUGGUGAUUUGGGUAACGGGAAACUAUUGGAUGAAAUUGAAGCUAUAAGCAAAGCACUUUAUUUGGACAAAAACCCUUCUGGGUCUUCAAUUUCUCAGUCGACCAGCAGAACCACAUCCUUCAGCAGAAAAAGCCAAUUGCCAGAUCCGAAGUCAAAGGUCAAAUAUGGGACUGAUGACCAGUCACAGAAAAACAAGAAAUCCAUAUGGAACUGGAGGCCUCUGAAGGCCUUUUCUCAUGUUCGGAACCGCAGGUUCAACUGUUGCUUCACCCUCCAAGUACAUACAAUCGAGGGGCUGCCUUCAAGUUUUGAGGAUCUUAGCCUUUGUGUACACUGGAAGCGGCGGGAUGGAGGUUUGGCAACUCGCCCAGCAAAGGUUUUCCAAGGAAUGGCCGAGUUCGAAGAAAAUUUGAUGCACACUUGCUCAGUGUACGGUAGCAGAAGCGGACCCCAUCACUCUGCAAAGUAUGAAGCCAAGCAUUUUCUGCUCUAUGCGGCAGUUUUUGGUGCCCCAGAGCUUGAUUUUGGUAAGCACCGAGUUGAUCUCACAAGGUUGCUUCCUCUCACAUUGGAGGAACUGGAUGAGGACAAGAAUUCGGGGAAGUGGACUACAAGCUUCAGAUUGUCUGGAAAGGCUAAAGGAGCAUCCUUAAAUGUUAGUUUUGGAUAUCUAGUUAUUGGGGACAAUGCCACUGCCGUUGGAAAUAACCAGAGCAUUCCCGAUGUGUUGAGAUCAAAGCAGAAUGAGUUGAAGCCAGUGGCAAGAUUUAGCAAAGUUGGCAAGAGAAAUCGAAUACACCGUUGUGAAAGUCUCCCUAGUGUGUUAACCGAGGAAGUCAAAGAUCUUCACGAGGUUUUGCCAGUAUCAAAGUCAGAGCUUGCUAGUUCGACGGACAUGUUGUAUCAGAAACUUGAAAGGCAAGAAGAAGAAGAAGAAAAGUCAGAAUACAGUAGUGGGAAUAAGCCAGAACUUGAUGACCCUGAACCCAUUAAAUCGACUCCCUGUGAUUUGGACGCCAACAGUAAAGAAAUCGGUGAGAGUGUGUGUGAAGUGAAUGAGUUCUCUGUAAUUGAGCAGGGUAUAGAGUUCACUGAGAAAGAAUACGUGAUAUCCGAAGAGGUUAUUGCAGAGGCCGCAGAGGUUUCUACGGCGGAGUCUCAUGAUGUUGAAGAGGUUAUUGCAGAGGCCGCAGAGGUUUCUACGGCGGAGUCUCAUGAUGUUGUUGAAGUUACUGCUGAUUUACAGGAAAAGGUAGAAGCUACCAAAUGUGAUGAUUCGUGCAGUAAAGAAUCACUUUUGAAGGAACUGGAAUUGGCCCUAGACAGUGUGGCUGAUUUGGAGGUUGCUGCGCUAGAUUCUCCUGAAGAUUGUGAAGAUGACGUGGAAGCUGAAUUAAAUCUUAAAAUGACUAAGAAGAAGGGGAAAUCUCAUAGCCUAGAUGAUGUCACAAAAUCUGUGGCUGGUGAGUUCUUGAAUAUGCUGGGAAUUGAGCACAGCCCAUUUGGCAUGAGUUCUGAAAGUGAGCCAGAGUCCCCAAGGGAGCAGCUACUUAGGCAGUUUGAAAAGGAAGCUUUAGCUGGUGGUUAUUCUUUAUUUGAUUUCGAUGCAGUUGAUGGGGAGGCCGUAGAACUUGGAUAUGAUGCCUCGCAUGUGCCUGCUCAUUUUGAACUCCCGUCGCCAAAAACAAAGGCGAAAAUUUUGGAAGACUUGGAAACUGAAGCUCUCAUGCGAGAAUGGGGCAUGAAUGAGAAGGCUUUUCAGGCUUCUCCAACUGGCAGCUCCGCUGGAUUUGGGAGUUCAUUUGAUCUUCUUCCUUUUGAAGAGCCACUUGAGUUGCCGCCUCUUGGAGAAGGUUUAGGGCCCUAUCUUCAAACCCAAAAUGGAGGUUUCUUGCGAUCAAUGAAUCCUUCGCUCUUUAGAGGUGCAAAGAGUGGUGGCAGUUUGAUCAUGCAGGCUUCCAGUCCUGUUGUGGUCCCUGCAGAAAUGGGUUCUGAGAUCAUGGAGAUAUUGCAGCAUCUUGCUUCUGUUGGAAUUGAGAAGCUCUCUAUGCAGGCCAAUAGAUUGAUGCCACUGGAUGAUAUAACUGGGAUGACAAUGCAGCAAGUGGCCAUGGAAGCUUUACCUUCUCUGGAGGGAGUUGACAGGCAAAAUAUGUUGCAGCAUGAUUUCGAGGUCCCGCAUGAAGCAACUUUUGGACAAAAGAAAGGCAAAGAAAGAGGAUUUGGUUCCAGAUGUAGUAGGUCUAGCCAGAGCUCAGUUGGCAGUGAGAUGGGAUCUGAGUAUGUAUCUUUGGAAGAUCUUGCUCCUUUGGCUCUUGAUAAGAUUGAAGCUCUCUCAAUGGAGGGAUUGAGAAUACAGUCGGGAAUGUCAGAUGAGGAAGCGCCUGCGAACAUCAGUGCUCGGUCAAUUGGAGAAAUCUCGACCCUGCAGGGCAAGGGGGUUAAUGAUCUCGGUAGGUCCCUCGGUUUAGAUGGAGCUGCAGGGUUGCAACUUCUAGACAUAAAAGAAAGCAAUAGCGAUGAUACUGAUGGUUUAAUGGGACUCUCACUUAGUCUCAAUGAAUGGAUGAAGUUGGAUUCUGGAGAAAUUGAUGAUGAUGAUGAUGAUCAAAUUAGUGAAAGAACUUCCAAAAUUCUCGCGGCCCAUCACGCAAACUCCUUGAGCUGGAUCCGGGGGUCAAAAGGGGAGAGGAAGCGAGGUAAAGGUUCGAGUAGAAAGUGUGGCUUACUUGGGAAUAACUUCACGGUAGCCCUUAUGGUUCAAUUACGUGACCCCCUAAGGAAUUAUGAGCCAGUUGGUGCUCCAAUGCUUGCGCUUAUUCAAGUAGAGAGAGUGUUUGUCCCCCCGAAACCGACAAUCUACCGCAAGGUUUCAGAAGUAAGGUAUGAUGGUGAUGAAGAUGAUGAGCAGGUCUCCAACUCAACAAAGGAGGAUGAAAUCAAAGAGGGAAAGGAAGCGGAGAUAGUUUCUCAGCAGGAGGGGAUUCAGCAAUUUAAGAUCACAGAAGUUCAUGUUGCGGGUCUGAAGACUGAUCCUGGAAAGAAGAAGCUAUGGGGGAGUACAACACAGCAACAGUCAGGGUCCCGAUGGUUACUAGCUAAUGGAAUGGGGAAGAGCAAUAAGCAUCCUUUUAUGAAGUCGAAGCCUGUCUCUAAAUCCAGUACAAACACCAACUCCGCAACUACAAAGGUUCAGCCUGGGGAAACCUUGUGGAGCAUCUCGUCCCGCGUGCACGGCACUGGAGCCAAGUGGAAGGAACUGGCUGCCCUCAACCCUCACAUACGUAACCCCAAUGUCAUCUUCCCAAAUGAAACCAUCAGGUUGCGUUGAAGUGGAGCAGAGCAGCUUGGUAUGCGCAACCCGAACUUGACUGGGCUUUGACGAAAGUAAGCCUAGUGGACAAGGACUUUGCAGCACCUUUUGCUGGACCUGCCCUGAUGCUGGCCCGACAAAUAUACUACUUAGAAAGUUUAUGAGUUUUUGAUGCACUAGUUAUUUCACUGGAUGGUCUUGGAGAAGAAUUUCGGUCCAACUAUGGCCUGGACCUGGUGAAAUGUUGCCCACGCUGGUUCUAUAUAUAUUGAUCACUCCACUGGUAUUUCGGCAGAUUGAAAUCUCAGUCUUAACCUGGCUGGGGCAGGAGAAAAUGCUGGAUCCUGCUGUUAAAGUUUGCCCAAGUAGAUGUUUGGGAGAAAGUGGCUAUUCAAAUAGAAGAUUGACAGCAAAUGGGUUUUUCCACAACUCCAGUCUCUGUAAAUUAUGUUCGUCUUCAUAAUUGGUCUGCACGAGCAGGGUUGUAAUUUAUGUGCUUGAAAAAAGCUGUUCUUUAAUACAUGAUCAGCUGGGCAGUUGAUUGUUUCUCUUUCUCCGGUAGUUUAAAGGGAAAAAUCCCCAUUUCUCUGUUCCCCGUUAUUUAUGGCGCAGUGUGUAGCUCUGUGAAUAUUUUGGAAUGAAUUGCGACUGGAAAUUUUUACUUGCCUCGGUUUUGUUUUAUUAA